AUGAAAAAUUUCGAGAUCUGGUACCAUAACUAUAUCGUAUGCUACGCGUUUAUACUUCGCACGAUUCGUAAAUUCAAAGAAGAGAACGGGACGCUGAACAACGAGGACACUCGGCGAGUGCAUUGUACUUCAAAGAAGUCAAGUGACAGCGGCAAUGGCAGCAGACGAUGGCGAGUACAGGCUAUGAGUCGACACAAGUACAUCUAUGUAAUCGGCACGGUUUUGAUCGUCGAUCUGCUCUUUCUCUGUCCUUAUUCCGGUAUUCAACUGGUCGCCUUUCUCCAUAUCA